AUGCUUUUCUUCUGUCCCCUCAGCCCCAUGUGUAGACGCCCUCUCUGCAGGGUGUGUUUUGCAUGUAAAGCAGGCUGCAGAUGCUGUCCGCCGAAACAAGGGACUGUGAGGGACAUGGGGGAAGCAGGACACAGCGAAGGCCCCACCACCGCGCCACCCGCCUGGCCUCCCCUCCUCAGCAGCACCUCUCAUUAUUCCAGCCCUAUCCGCGAUCAAGACCCUAUGGCUCAAAGCAACAGCGGAAGCAACCGUCCACUCUAA